AUGGCAUUAACACCAUAUUACAGUCCAGUAGAUCCAACUUUCUAUCCACUUUUUGCAUUUUUAUUUUCAGCUGUUGGUUUAGCAUUUUUAGCUGUUUUUAUUAUGUCUGAACUUACAUCAAAAAGAGGAGGAAAAAACAUCUUCUCAGAAUUAACAAUGGCUUUAGUAGCAUCAUGCACUUUAGGUUUAGGUGGAUUCUUUGUUUUACUUUCAGCUGGAAUUUAUGUUUAA